AGAUUUGAUUUACAGUGUGGAUUGUGGAAUAUGGAUGGUGGGUUGAGUUUGGCAAAGCUAGGCCAGAGUCUCAUCAGCACUUUUCUUUUUCUUUCUACACUCUCAAGCCACAAAGUUUCUCUCUUUUUUCUUUCUCUUUUCUCUUUCCCAUACAUAUGAUGGGGUCCCCUAUACUCUCCUUUAUCUCUCUACAGUCAUAAUACUCCUUUUUUCUCCUCCAUUGCUAAAGCAUAAAACCCUAAAGUUCUGAUCUUUGUGAUUUGAGGUACCAUUUUUUUAGGCUGCUUUUCCCUUGGACUUUUGAACUGGCCUAGUGAAUUGCUUGCUGUAGAAAAGCUACAUUUUCGUUUCUGAAUUAAUAGGGCUCUGUAGUAUCUGGUGGUUCAAGUUUCUCAAUUUCUGAAAGAAAGAUUAUCAUUUUGAGAUACUUCUGUUCUGGAUGGAGUUAUCAGUGAUUAUUUUUCCUUUCAAUUCGCGAGGGGUAUAUGCGUUGGACCGGGGUACUGAGUGAUGGGUUUGGCUAGCUCGAGAAGAUAUAGUUAUCUGUUUUCGUAUCAAUGGCCUCAAAACCUGGCGUCAAGAGUUCCCUCGAGAGACAGAACCAAACAUUAGAGAGGAGCUCCCACAGGCCUACACCUUCGAAAACAUCAAAGAAUAGCAAUUCGGAGAAUUUAAGGUCAAAGGAGGUUCUUGCUAACCACCUCGAUUCAAGCUUGAAUUUGGGUAGUAUCAAAAAACCACCUUCCGGUGAUACAAAGGGCUUACCUGAACGGAGAGCUGAUCAGGAAAAGAAAGCUUCGGGAAGUGGUACCGUUAAAGACACCUCAGCCUCGAUUGAAGUUAGCAAUGGAGAAAGUAGCGUUGCAAAAACGAGUGGAAUUGGCAAAACUAGCGAAAGGACUGAUUUUAUCGAGAGUGGGAAGAGCAGCAUGUAUCGGGGUAGCACGAGCAGCGAUGUAAGCGACGAGAGCACUUGUAGCAGCUUGAGCAGCAGCGUUAAUAAGCCUCACAAAGCAAACGACUCGAGAUGGGAAGCCAUCCAAGCUGUCCGAGCUAGAGACGGGGUCUUGGACUUGAGGCACUUUCGGUUGCUGAAGAAGUUGGGCAGUGGCGAUAUCGGGAGCGUAUAUCUCUCGGAGUUGUGCGGUACAAAGUGUUAUUUCGCCAUGAAAGUUAUGGACAAGGCAUCACUGGCAAGCCGAAAGAAAUUGCUCCGGGCUCAGACCGAGCGAGAGAUACUGCAGUCUUUAGACCACCCGUUCCUCCCAAGUUUGUACACACAUUUCGAGUCUGAAAAGUUUUCGUGUCUCGUAAUGGAGUUCUGCCCGGGAGGCGACUUGCACACUCUCCGGCAGAAACAACCGGGAAAACAUUUCUCUGAACAAGCCGUGAAGUUCUAUGUAGCAGAGGUACUUCUUGCUCUAGAGUAUCUCCAUAUGCUUGGUAUCGUCUAUCGUGACCUUAAGCCAGAAAAUGUUCUUGUAAGGGAAGAUGGACACAUAAUGCUCUCCGACUUUGACCUCUCUCUUCGCUGUUCUGUCAGCCCGACGCUUGUUAAGUCGUCGUCUCUCGAGGCGGAGCCGCUGAGGAAGAAUUCUGCUUACUGUGUCCAGCCUGCGUGCAUUGAACCGUCGUGUAUCCAGCCGUCCUGCGUGGUCCCGACCUCGUGCUUCGGGCCUCGCCUUUUCUCUGGCAAGUCGAAGAAGGAAAAGAAGCUGAAGAAUGAAGUUGGGAACCAAGUUAGCCCGUUGCCAGAGCUGAUUGCUGAGCCAACUGGAGCACGCUCGAUGUCGUUCGUUGGGACCCACGAGUAUCUUGCGCCCGAGAUCAUCAAAGGCGAAGGGCACGGGAGCGCUGUGGACUGGUGGACGUUUGGGAUCUUUCUGUACGAGUUGCUGUUUGGUAAGACACCCUUCAAAGGAUCAGGUAACCGAGCUACUCUCUUCAACGUCGUGGGUCAGCCUUUACGGUUUCCAGAGUCCCCGGUGGUGAGUUUCUCCGCUAGAGAUCUGAUCAGAGGGUUGCUCGUGAAAGAGCCACAGCACCGGUUGGCAUACAAGCGGGGAGCCACCGAAAUCAAGCAGCAUCCUUUCUUCGAAGGCGUAAACUGGGCUUUAAUUCGCUGUGCCAGCCCUCCCGAGGUGCCAAGACCGGUUGAAUUCGAGAGAAUACCAGCUCCUCCACCGGCACCGAGUAACCAGAAAAGCGUUGUCGCUGCUGGAGCUAUCCCCUCCUGUCCUCAGAACUCCGACAAUUACCUCGAAUUCGAUUUUUUUUAAGCGGGUUGCCAUUUUGUUUUCACUCUAUAAAACCAUACAAUGGUGUUCUUCAGCAUUUGGGAAAUGUUAGAUGUCUGCCAUAUUUGAUGUUAAUGAUCAUAGAUUCAUAGCAUUGUUUGUUGUUGUUGAGAACAGUUCAAAUUUGUUGUAUUCAAAAUAGUUGGAAGUGCCUCUUCUCUUGUAUUGUAUGGACAAUAUUCUGUAAGUAAAAAAGAUUGUUAUUUUCGUCAUCUAAAA